CUCCAUAUGGAUUCAUUUAUGUUGUCAGUUGAAAGUGUCACACAGUCUGUAACUGUGGAAAGCAAUCAUUGUGGUCUUCUAAUGAAAGUCCUCAAUUUUAAAUAAUCACAGAGGAAGUGCGUGCGAGGUUUAGGAGAAUUUACUGCAAAGUGUGGAGCGUUUUACCACAGCAAUGCAUUGAAACAGUGAUCACAGCAGCCUUCAGGGCAAAAUUAAACAAAUUUUCAAGGCAGAUUGAAAUGCAAAGCUAUGGUGAGAGAGAGCACAGCGAGUGUGGCUAGUUUUGGGUUGAUCUAGUGCAAAGCCAGCAUCAUUGGAGUGGGCUGAAUGGCCUCAGUCAGUACUGGAAAGUUCUGAACAUGGUAAUGCACUGCAAAUUGGAAUUUCCCAGCCUACAGUGAAGGAUACAGAUAUUCCCUGGGCUGGGUGUGCGGCUCAGGCCUGAAGUUUACAACUGCACAACAUUGCGAUCUCCAGCCAUCGCCAACACAUGCAGACCUCUCCUCCACCAGCACGGAUUUGAAAGCAGCACCUUCUUCUACACAGAUGACUCUCUGCUUUGGCUGUUUGUGAAUUGAGACGAUGCCUCCUGCAGCCGGAGGGCCACAGGGUUACACGCCCCCGGACGGAGGGUGGGGUUGGGCCGUGGUGUUGGCCUCCUUCAUCUCCAUCGGAUUCUCCUACGCUUUUCCCAAAGCCAUCACUGUCUUCUUUAAGGAAAUUAAGGACAUCUUUCAUUCCACAGAUAGCCAGGUGUCAUGGAUCUCCUCCAUAAUGUUGGCAGUGAUGUAUGCUGGAGGUCCCAUCAGCAGUGUCCUGGUGAACAGGUAUGGCAGUCGGCCUGUGGUACUAUUGGGUGGACUACUGGCCAGCUCGGCAAUGAUCAUCGCCUCAUUCUGCAAGAGCAUUGUGCAGCUUUAUUUCUGUAUAGGAGUCAUCGGGGGGCUGGGACUCGCCUUCAACCUGCAGCCAGCACUGACAAUGAUCGGGAAGUAUUUCUACAAGAAGCGCCCCUUGGCCAAUGGGCUGGCGAUGGCAGGAAGUCCAGUUGUCCUCAGCACACUGGCCCCCCUUAACCAGUAUCUCUUUGACAAUUACUCAUGGAGAGGAGGCUUCCUGAUCCUGGGGGCUAUCUUACUCAACUGCUGUGUGGCUGGAUCUCUUAUGCGUCCUAUAGGCCCUAAGUGGAGCGGUGGAUCCAAACAGCCAGUGGAUGCCAAGGGUGAAGCUGGUGUGAACUCUGACCUUAUGACCGGCAAAGCCAAAGCAAAGCUCAACAUCUUCAAAACCAUUAGCAAAUACUUGGAUUUGUCGCUCUUCAAACACAGAGGUUUCCUGAUCUACCUGUCUGGCAAUGUCAUUAUGUUCUUUGGCCUGUUUGCACCCCUGGUCUACUUGUCCACUUAUGCCAAGCAUAUGAAAAUUGAUGAGUACAAAGCAGCCUUCCUGCUCUCCAUCCUGGCCUUUGUGGACAUGUUUGCUCGACCAUCCAUGGGACUUCUGGCCAACACCAAGUGGGUGAGGCCCAAGAUCCAGUACUUUUUCACCUUCUCCAUCUUCUACAAUGGCAUCUGCCACAUCAUGAUGCCGUUGGCAACUGAUUAUACCGGCCUGGUCAUCUACACCAUCUUCUUUGGGUUUGCCUUUGGCAUGCUGAGCUCUGUCCUCUUUGAGACCUUGAUGGACAUGGUUGGUGCACAGAGGUUCUCCAGUGCAGUGGGACUGGUCACCAUAGUGGAAUGUUGCCCUGUAUUGCUGGGACCUCCACUGUUGGGUUUGCUGAAAGACACGUACAAUGACUUCCGCUAUGUGUAUUUUGCGUGUGGAGCAGUGCUGAUCUUUGCGAGUAUCUUCCUGCUCAUCGGCAAUGCAAUCAAUUAUCGCCUCCUUGCGAAGGAGAGGCAAGAAGAAGCAGAGAAAUCGAAACACGAGGCAACAAUUGACUUGAAUGAAACCAAACCGGAUAAUUCAUCCGCAGGGCAAAAAUGCCAAGAUGGGGCAGAGGAGCGGGACAUAGAAGUUUAAGGCUGAGAGGGGCAGUGGUUUGGUUCAUUUUAUGAUUCCCACCAGUCUUCCAUUUCACUCUAACAGACAGAUAUAUCCGGAGGGGUGCAGUGAGAGAUCAAUGGAGUGCCAAUUAUGGGGGAUAUUUAUCAUGGGGCCAUAAUCAGCGUAGUCUUUGCCCCUCCCCCCAACCAAACAACUUCCACUCAUCCCUCAUGUUCCUCCUAUCCCAUUGACUGCAACCUCCCUUCACCCUGGAGUUGCCAAUGGGCCACCAUUAACCGCUAGGAGCAGUCAAAGAAAACAUAUUUCACAGGGGCAUUAAAUAAUUCUGCAUUUUUAUUCUAUACUUUGCACAUUUUUAUUUGUAUUAGUGCUUAAAAAUAUUGGAGAUGGAGAUCAAUCGAUAUUUCAGUGCCCCGGGCACAAGUAAUCACGUUGAACCCUCCAGGAGCAUGUUUAAGCAGAGUUGGUAACACUAAUUUGUCACCAUUCUAAGUGCGAUGAGGGCGAGUUGGAUAAUCCUCUCGUUUUUGAGUGGACUUGAAAGGUACUGGGCUAUCCAGGGGUCCAACAUGGUUGUGAUAUUUUAAGUAGCGAAAUGAGGAGAAAAUUCUUCACUCAAAGGGUUGUGAAGCUUUGCAGUUCGGUACCUCAGAGGGGUUGUGGUUCUCCAGGUUUGAUAAGACAGGUGUAUUACAAGAGGUCACCUACACAGAGAUGGGAAAAGAUUGCUGCAGUGAAUAGAAUUCAAUCCAAUCAAGGGAAUAAUUUCUAAUUAAUUAUAAUCCUUGACCGAAUCAACUAGAACAAAAACAGAAAUUGCUGGAGAAGCUCAGCAGGUCUGACAGCAUCUGUGAAGAGAAAGAAGAGUUAACGUUUCAAGUCCAGUGACUUCUUCAAAAACAUAUUUCAGGGCAUGACAAUCAAUUCACGUUUAGAACAUCCAGGUUUUCUUUGUUCUCCCAGGUCUGGGAUUGAAAACGUUAAUUCUGUUUCUCUCUUUACAGAUGCUCCCCUGAGUUUCUCCAGCAGUGUCUGUUUUUGUUUCAGAUUUCCAGCAGUUAUUUGUUUCAUUUUAGUCCUGAUUAAUUAGAGUUAGGUUGAGUGAAAGAUAUGAAUGAAUUAAUUGGGUUUCUCAAGUAUGAUGUUUUUGAUCCUCUCCCUACAGGUUAUUAAUUUCUGGAGUUCACUGUUUGCUAUAGUGGGACUUGUACUUAAAACCUUACAAUUGCUAGGCCACCACUAGAACAACCAGAUUAUAUGGAGUUUACAGCAUGGAAACAGACCAUUCAGCUCAACUGAUCUGUGCUGAUGUUUCUGCUCUGCAUGAUCCUUCUCCCUCACUUCAUCUCACCUGAUCAACAUUUCUGCCUAAACCUUCCUCCGUCACACAUUUAACCAGCUUCUCAUAAAUUGUAUUUCUACUCCUCUUCCCCCUCCCCCCGCCAUCGAUCCACAUUCUCCUAAUUCUUUUGAGUAAAGUUGUUUCUCCUGAGUUCCUUAUUGGAUUUAUUAGUGAUUAUUACAUUCAUAGCCCCUAGUUUCGAUCUCCCUCACAAAUUGAACUGUCUUCUAUAACUUUUCCCAUAUUGGGUCUUAUACAGAUGCUAGAGAUGCUUCUUUGGUUUUUCUUUGCAAGGUAAGAGUGCCUUACAAUGUUCAGCCCUCUCUAAGAGGCAGCAUGUUGGCUCAGUGGUUAGCACUGCUUCCUCACAGCACCAGGGACCUGGGUUCAAUUCCCCCCUGAGGCAACUGUCUGCAUAGAACAUUGUCCCCAUGUCUGUGUGGGUUUGCUCUGGUUUCCUCCCACAGUCCAAAGAUGUGCAGAUUAGGGUGGAUUGGCCAUGCUAAAUUACCCAUAGUGUCCAUAGAUGUGCAGACUAAGUGGGUUAGCUGUGGUAAAUUCAGGAUUAUGAGGUUGGGGUGGGUCUGGGUAGGACACUCUUCAGAUGGUCAGUGUGGACUUAAUGGGCUCAGUGGUCUGCUUCCGCACAUUAGGGCUUCUAUGAUUCAUGAUUAGAACAUCCAGUCUUGAUAUCACCUUUUAAAAUCAUUUUUGUACCUUCUCCAGUGCCCCAUAUCCCUUCUGUAAUAUGGAGAUCAGAAAUGUUCACAGUUCAAUUGUGGUCUGAACUAAGGUUGUGUACAAAUUUAACAUAAUUUCCCUGCUCUUAUACAAGACCAUAUGACCAAUACUAUUCUGCUGGAAAUGAACCCACUGCUUGUUUUUUGUUUAUAUUUCAUUUCCUCAUUAUCGUAUUCACUGGGCUGUUUGAAAAUCUAACUUUGAUCAAGAUCAGUAAUUGAGUAAGAGUGACCAUGAAAUGGUCAGAUUGUCAUAAAUAAUAUUCCUUUAGGGAAGGAAAUCUGCCGUCCUUACUGGAUGUGAGCCUGUGCACAACUCCAACCCUCCAUGUGAUUAACUCUUAAACCAGCAAUGAUAAUCCGUCCUACCUAACUGUUUGUGAGGAAGGUUCAUUAGCACCUUCUUAGGACAACAAGCAAUGGGUAAGAAAUGUCAGGGACGCACAGUCCCAGAGUAAAGAUGUGCUCCCAGGACUGAAGGACAGAUGGGUCAGUGCAGUGCCAGGGAAACAUCCUCAGGUUUAUCUUUCAUUACGCUGCGGAAUAUUACAAGGAGAUUGGGCCACAUUUCCCUCUCCAUCACUCCACUCUCCCAUUUGUUGAACACGAGUAGCCUUGUGGGAUCCGGAGCUAGUGGAGUGGGGCUCUGUCUUAGUCAUAGACUCAAUCUUUCAGCUCAAACUGAAAUGAUGGGUAACCAUUCUCAUCUACUGCAGGAGACACCUGGAACUUGUAGAAUAUCUGGGAUAUUCCAAUUCCCACAUUCUGUCUGGGAUCUCCCCAUUCCACAGUCUGUCGAGGAUCAUCCCGUUCCAACAGUGUGUCUGGGAUCUCUCGAUUCCCAUAAUCUGUCAGCAGAGGCAAUGGCCUAGUGGUAUUAUCACUGGACUGUUAAUCCAGAGACCCAGAUGAUGCCCUGGGGACCUGGGUUCGAGUCCCGCCACAGCAGAUGAUGGAAUUUGAAUUCAAUUAAUAUCUCGAAUUGAGAGUCUUAAUGAUGACUGUGAAUCCAAUGUCGAUUGUCAGGAAAAACCCAUCUGGUUCAUUAAGGUCCUUUAGGGUAGGAAACUGCCAUACUUACCUGGUCUGGUCUACAUGUGACUCCAGACCCACAGCAAUGUGGUUGACUCUUAACUGCCCUCUGGGACAAUUAGGGAUGGACAAUAAAUGCUGCCUGGCUAGCGAUGCCCCCAUGAAUGAACUUAAAAAAUCACCCGGCUCCCAUGGUCUGUCUGGGAAGGUGAUGUGUGACUGGAUGAUAUACUGGACUUCAGGAAGUACUGAAUAAGGAUAUUGUUGCAGGCAGCAUUCACUGAUCUGUCCCCAAGGAGCCCUUCAGUAUUUCACAGAAUCACAGACUUGUUCCAGUGCAGAAAGCCAUUCUGCCUGUACUAGUAUUUACACUCAUUCCCACUGUACAGCCCAGUCUAUCCAUCAACACGGGUUGACAGCUGAUUGGAUACUCUCCAGGCUUCUAUAUGCUCAUGAGGCAUGUACAUUAACUACCUCUUUCUCAGAAUCCAAACAGUUCCUUUGAGGAUGUAGAUUUAAAGUUGAACAAGUCACUUUGACAAUCCAUUGUACUAUCUGUCCAAUAUUUCAGAGUGUGACAAUCAAUGUAGAUUUAUUUUUUGUUCUCAUCUUUAUAAAGCAGAAAUUGAAAUGUAAAAA